GUUUGCUUUUGGGUUCAGGAGAAACACGCAUUUUAAGCAGGUCAUUUAGUUGAUUAUUAGUAUUUAUUUUUAUUUAUUUCUUUUUGUACGAAUAUUACAAGGAUGUAGUAAGAGGUUGAAGCCUUGUCUCUACACACUCCGAUGUAGUAGGUGGCAGUAUGUAGGUUUUACGACUGUUUGUAAGCCGCCAUUACACUAAACGGAGGAGAUUCCCAGUCUUCCGAUCCAUUAAACUCGCAGAGAGUUGAGUCGCUGCGUUUAUUUAUGCUUCCAUACAUUUCCAGCGAUUAUGUAAAUGAGGCCAGCGACUGUAAACUGACUAGUGAGACUAGAAUAUUGUUCACUCGUGAUGGCUGGAAGACUGUGGACUCCCGAAGCGGAGGAGACUCUGAUCGAGCUCUGGCAGGAGUCUGCAUGUCUGUACGACAUUUCUUCCGCCGAUUACCACAACCGGGAGGAGAAGGACAAACGAUGGAAGGAGGUCGCCGAUGCGCUUCAAAUGCCUGCUGAGGCGGUGGCAACCAGGGUUGCAUCUCUAAGGACUCAAUAUGCCAGACUAAGGAAACCAAAACCAAAAGGGAGUGAUAAUAAGCCCCUCACGAUGAGGCAGCGGUGGCUCCUGAGGGCCCUCGACUUCCUGAAGCCGCACAUCGUUCAUCGGCGAAGCGAGAACACUCUGGGUUUGCCGUCCUCUGAUAAAGUGGAGGACGACGAUUCUGAUGAGCUGAUGCAGGAGACGGACAAAGAAGUGGACAGUUUUGACUCCAUCAGCGUGUGUCUCUCCCCGAUGCCCGGCACUCCAGACACCGGCAUCCCCGAGGAAACCGCCUCGUACUCGCUCUCGCCCCGCAGCACGUCCGGCAAACGCAGCCGCACCUCCGAAUCGGACAUCGAGCUGCAGAAGCUGGAGGUGUUGAAGCAGAUGUCCGCUAAAGUCCUGGAGAACCCGACUCCGGACGCCGCCGCCGUCUUCGCCAGCCAGGUGGCGAUGGAGUACCGGCUGCUGAGCGACCCGACCGUCCAGAUGCGCGUCCGCCGGCAGAUCAUGGCUCUUCUUUACGAAGCGCAGGAUUCAGAAAGACGCUCACGACAGACCAAGAAACACGAACAGAGAGAACUCAAAACAGAGGAGGACGUUACUUGGAUUAACACUAAUAUAUAAGCUGAAAUGUAGCGGUGCUGCAGUGUUCAUCUUCUUACUACUCUGAUUUUCUACAGUGUAUUGAACUAUUUUUCUUAGUGGAAGCUUUAAGAUAAUCUACAUGUACGAUAAUAAAACACUCGAAGUCUU